AGGUGGGUCUUAGACUUAGUUGGGUCGGGUUAACAAUUGAAUACUCCGUAGUGAACUAGUGAUCAGUAUCACUGAUCAGUGGGUCACCAGAUCAUUGGAAAAGUCAACAAUCCCUCCAUUUGUGGUAGUACUCCACUCCAUAAUGCCUUUCCACAAACGACGUUCUCUGUAGUCUGUACACUAUCCCAAAAUGUCACACCAAUCAACAACCAAGAAAGUCGCCGUGGUAGGAGCCGGCGCAGCCGGUUUGGUGGCGGCGUGUGAGCUUAGAAAGGAAGGUCACCAUGUUGUGGUGUUCGAGCGCGGGACCCAAUUGGGCGGGAGCUGGGUUUACUCGUCCGAGGUUGAGUCUGACCCGCUCGGACUCGACCCAACUCGGAAAAUCGUUGAGUCAAGCCUUUAUGCUUCUCUCCGAACUAAUCUUCCUAGAGAAGUCAUGGGUUUUCGUGAUUUUCCAUUUGUCCCUUCUGGAAAAGCCGACAGAGAUUCACGAAGGUUUCCAGCUCAUCAGGAGGUGCUGAGAUAUUGAGAUUUUUCUUGUGAAUUUGGACUGAAUGAAUUAAUCUGCUUUCAGACAGAGGUGAGGCAUGUUGGGUUGGAGACAGAUGGAAAGUGGAUGGUGAAAUCUAGGAGGAUUGGUGGAGCUGAGGGCGGUGAUGUGACUGAAACUUACGAUGCUGUGGUAGUCUGCAAUGGACAUUUUACUGAACCACGAGUUGCUGACAGUAUUCCUGGCAUUGACCUUUGGCCAGGGAGGCAAAUUCAUAGUCACAGUUAUCGUAUUCCAGGACCCUACAAAAACCAAGUUGUAGUUUUGAUAGGGCUUUCUGCUAGUGCUCUUGAUAUCUCUAAGGACAUUGCUGUAUCAGCCAAAGAAGUCCACAUAACAACUAGGUCUGAAGCAGCAGGGAAAUUGUGGAAACUUGGAAAGCAUCCUAUUUAUGAUAACUUGUGGCUCCAUCCAAUGAUCGAAAAAGCCCAUGAAGAUGGUAGAGUAUCGUUUCAAGAUGGGAGGGAAGUCCUUGCAGAUGUCAUACUCCAUUGCACCGGGUACAAGCAACAUUUCCCUUUUCUUCAUACCAGUGGUGCCGUGAGCGUUGACGAUAAUCGUGUGGGGCCUCUGUACAAGCAUGUGUUUCCUCCUGCAUUAGCACCAGGUCUCUCCUUCGUUGGUGUCCCAUCGCUUGUUGUCCCUUUCUUCCUUUUUGAAGUUCAAAGUAAGUGGAUAGCAGGCGUAUUAUCUGGGAGGAUAUCACUUCCAUCUGAAGAAAAGAUGAUGGAAGACACAGAAGCCUUCUACUCAGAAUUGGAACUUAAGGGAGUUCCAAAGCGCUAUACACAUAAGAUCCAUGAUUUUAAGAAAGUAGCCGUGAUAGGCGCUGGUGCAGCCGGGUUGUCCGCGGCGCGCGAGCUUAAAAGGGAAGGUCAUGGUGUAGUUGUGUUUGAGCGUGGUGGGCAGCUGGGUGGGGUCUGGGUUUACUCGCCGGAGAGUGAGUCAGACCCUCUUGGACUCGACCCAACUCGGAAAAUUGUUCAUUCCAGCCUUUACGCUUCGCUCCGCAUUAAUUUUCCUAGAGAGGCUAUGGGCUUUCGUGAGUUCCCCUUUGCCCCUUCUGGAAAACCCGAUAGAGAUCCUCGAAGAUUUCCAGCUCACCAGGAAGUCCUAAGAUAUUUGGAGGAUUUUGCUGAUGAGUUUGGACUGAAUGAACUAAUCCGUUACCAGACAGAGGUUAGUUAUGUUGGGUUGGAGAAAGACGGGAAGUGGAUGGUGAAAUAUAGGAGGAUUGAUGGAGAUGAGGACAGUGAAGUGGAUGAAACUUACGAUGCUGUGGUUGUCUGCAGCGGGCAUUUUACUGAACCGCGACUUGCUGAAGAUAUUCCUGGCAUUGACGUUUGGCCAGGGAAGCAAAUUCAUAGCCACAAUUAUCGUAUUCCAGAACUCUAUCAAGAUCAAGUUGUAGUUUUGAUAGGGCUUUCUGCUAGUUCUAUCGAUAUCAGUAGGGACAUUGCUGGAUUUGCCAAAGAAGUUCACAUUGCAACUAGAUCUGAAGCAGCCAAAUUUGGAAAGCAUCCUGGGUAUGGUAACUUGUGGCUUCAUCCAAUGAUUGAAAAAACACAUGAAGAUGGUAGAGUAUCAUUUCAAGAUGGGAGUGUGGUUCUUGCUCAUGUCAUUCUCCAUUGUACCGGGUACAAGCAACAGUUCCCUUUUCUUCAUACCAAUGGUGCUGUAAGCGUUGAUGAUAAUCGUGUGGGGCCGCUGUACAAGCAUGUAUUUCCUCCAGCUUUAGCACCAGGACUCUCCUUCGUUGGUGUCCCUGCAUUUGUUAUCGCGUUCUUCCUUUUCGAACUUCAAAGUAAGUGGAUAGCAGGUGUUUUAUCUGGUAGGAUAUCACUUCCAUCUGAAGAAAAGAUGACGGAAGAUGUUGAAGCCUUCUACUCAGAAUUAGAAGCUGAGGGAGUUCCAAAGCGCUACACACAUAGGAUCCAUGAUAUUAAGCGGCUUUUUGGACCGUUUGAACACGAGGAUUGGCUUGCUGCAGAAACGGGGUGUCCUCCAGCCGAGGAAUGGAGGAAGGGUAUGUUUUAUGGGACAAUCCUCCGCGCUUUUAAAUCAGAGACUUAUCGCGAUGUAUUGGAUGAUGAUGACCUUGUCCUGCAAGCGCAUCAAGAUUUUGUGCAAUACUUGUCUGCUCAAGGCAGGGACAUAAUACUCCGUACUACAUAAGGUUCGGAUUGCAUGCUGCUGUCUAUAAGCCAAAGCAUGGAUAAAGAAUUGCUACUAUGACAAUUGUGUAUCAUUGGAGCUGUAUAAACAAAAACUUCUCCGUUUUCUUUAACACACUGCGGUGAGAUUCUACUGGGAGAGUUUGAUUUGGUAUAAAACAUUUUCAUUCAUUGUAUGUUAUUUGGUACGACAAGUGAUGUAAAACAAUUUUCUAUGAACUCUUUCGAUGGUGUAAAACAUUUUCCGUUUGAAGGAAAGGAAAAUCACUUUUCCUCUUG